GCGUGAAAAGAGUACCUCUGCUGACUAUCGAUUAGAGCUAUCGCCCCUAUCGAUAUAUCAAAAGGUCAUAAAUUUCAGCUGAAAUCUCAACAAGUGCAAGAUUCGAGCUCUGCUUUAAUUAAACGCAGCCGUGUCGCCGAUCAAAUCGGCAUUGUUUGGAUCGAUUUUCAUAUUGCAGUGCGUGAAAAUAUUCAUAUUUUUAUUUAUUUAUUGCGACAUCUGUGCGGCCACUUACACGCACACAAACGCGGUUGACAGAUGUGCGACGUGCACACGUAUAAAGAGCACACACUCACACACGCACGCAUUGCGGAUGUUCUGAUUUUAUGCAAGAAACUGAGUUUAUUUUUAAAAUAAGAAGAACAUCCGAAAAUAUAAUGCCAAAGAAAGGCGACGGGCGAGCGACGAAAGAGCGUGUGUAAGCGCAGAAAAAAGGGACACGGCGAAAAGGAACGGGGACGAACGACAAAAGAAAUAACGGGAACAUCGGUGGCGGUGGAAAAUUCUGAAAAUAAGAAAAUCAAAACAAAAGCAAAUUAAAACGACGUCUGACGUGCAGCUUCAAGUGCUUUUCCCCCAGAUUUCGCAUGCGAUUCACUUGAAAAACAUUGACAGAGCAGAAAUCAAGCGCCAGCAGAGAAUACAGAUUGCCCGGCAUUUCCCAUGGACGACGAACUGGAAGACAAGGUGUUCUAUCAGACAUACGUAUCGCACAUGAAAAUCCUGUCCAAAUUUGCGGUGGGCUUCUCGUCCAUCAAUUCCCCGCUGGCCUACAUAUGGAAGCUGUGCCGACUGUAUGUCCUCCGGCCGGAGGUCAUCUUCUGCGGCUUGAUCCUCUUCGUCCUGUUGCUCUAUUUGCAAGCGGUAGAUGUGUGGAGUCGCAGCAUCCUGGGACGCAUCCAGGCCACCCUCGGUCGCCAGAAGGCCGCCAAGCUGAUGGAGCUCUCGGCCAGUGCUGGUGAUCACCAGAGCUGGGAGGAGUUGAAGCAACAGAGCUCCGCUUUCGCGGUUCUGGGGCGAAGGCCUCGAAUGGAGGAUAGAUUUAUUGUCGAGGAGAACAUCAACAACAACACUGGCAUCUCCUUUUUUGCUGUAUUCGACGGCCAUGGCGGCGAGUUUGCCGCAGACUUCGCCAAGGAUGUGCUGGUGAAGAACAUCUACCAUAAGAUCAUCGAGAUGUCCAAGCUGCUGAAGACGGAAGGAUAUUCCGGAGAUUACGAUAAGAGUCCCUAUUUAGCGCGCAAGCAGAGUCGCAAGGAAUCGAACAAGGAGAACACAGAACCCACGGCAGCGGUGAUGCGUAAGGACAGUCUAAGGAAGGCCCAUAGCACCACGGCGGAUUGCAGCGCUAUUAAACAAAAGACAACCGAGGCAUCGAUUGCCGACAUUUACACAGUCCAAUUGAACUCGGCGAUGAGAGCCAGCGGGAAUAUGGGAGCCGCUAAGGAGUCCUUCCUGAACAACAACAACAACGCACAAAGCGGAGCAGGCAGUGCGCCACCUCCAAACUACGAAGCCAAGUGCUACAUCGAAAACGGACGUAUUAACUUCGGGAAACUAAUCACGGACGAGAUCAUGUCGGCCGACUACAAGCUUGUGGAGCAGGCCAAGAGAGCGACCAACAUUGCGGGAACCACCGCUUUAAUAGCCAUAGUCCAAGGCUCCAAGCUGAUUGUGGCCAAUGUGGGUGAUUCCCGCGGCGUCAUGUACGACUGGCGAGGAAUUGCGAUCCCGCUUUCCUUCGAUCACAAGCCGCAACAAGUGCGAGAACGAAAGAGGAUCCACGAUGCAGGCGGAUUCAUCGCCUUCCGUGGCGUUUGGCGCGUGGCCGGCGUGUUGGCCACGUCACGCGCUCUAGGAGACUAUCCGCUUAAAGAUAAGAAUCUUGUGAUUGCUACGCCAGACAUUUUGACCUUCGAACUAAACGAUCACAAACCCCACUUUCUGAUACUGGCCUCCGAUGGCCUCUGGGACACGUUCAGCAACGAGGAGGCCUGCACCUUUGUCCAGGAGCAUCUGAAAGAGCCAGACUUUGGCGCCAAAUCUCUUGCCAUGGAGUCCUAUAAACGUGGUUCCGUGGACAACAUCACCGUGCUGGUGAUCGUCUUCAAGAACGAUGUCUACAAGAUUGGCAGCUCAGCGGGAAGGGCGGGAGAAGAAUCCCUAAAAGUCCCAGCCAAACCUCAACCAGUUGCGCCUGCAGUUGUGCAACGCUCGAAUUCAAUCAAAACCAAAUGAAAACCGAAACAUUAGAGUGCCUGUUAAGAAAUGCUCUUCAGCUUUUCUCCGAAAAAUUUCCUUCUCCCCAAAACAAAACAAACAAAAGUGCCCGAAAUUUUCUAGUUAGGCAUUUUGCUAAAUACUUUUUGACCUUUUGUUACUUGUCCAAAGACAGCGUUCAUUCAUCCCAUCACAGACAUGCAUUCAUCAUUCGUUUCAUCAAUUGCGUUUUUCAUUUGUCUUAAUAUUAAGGUUGUUUGUUAGUCAAUGUUGUUUUGUAUAAACAAAAUAUGUAUGCAUCCGCCGCCACAUUGCCGUGCACUCUGUUUUCCCACUGUUUUGCACACGAAAAUCAUCACAAUCACUGACUCAGUCAGGGAAACAUCAUCACGUAACUAUUUAUUUAAUUUAUUUGUUAUACGUGUAAAAUAAAACCUUUUCUAAAUGUCGAAAUGUUUUUGCGAAUAAAACAAUGCAUAUGAAACUCGACAAU